CCGUCUGGGGGCUCGCGCGGGGGGCUGCAGCUUUUCCCGGCCCUGGGCAGGUGUGCGAGGCCGGGAGGAGAGGCGGGGUGAGCGGGCCGGGCCCGGGGCUGCGGCUGCGGCUGCGGCCCCCCCCCGCCAGCCCCGCCAGCCCGAGCGCUCGGAGGUAGAGGAAAGGUCUGGACAGGGUGGCUGGACCAGUGGCAGAAUCCAGUGGCAGACUCUGGACUUGAGGGUUCUAGGCUGUGGUCUGUAGAAGCAAAGGAGAGAAGGACUCAAAUCCAGGCCAGCUGUAUGGCUGUCUGAGGUGUUGGAACAGAAGGAGGUCCAUUCCUGUCGGUGACAACACUGUGGCCCUGUUCUGGGAUGACUGAGGUGUAAAGGUUGUCCCCAAGAAAGAGCAUCUGAGUCCUUGCAUCUUGUGGCAGCAGGUGUGCCCAGCACCGAGUCCGUCGGAGCUGAAGGCAGCCCAGCCCCUUCUCAUGGGCAGCACCCAUCUGUGCUGAGGUCCUACAGUGGUGGCAGUAAGAGGAGCUGUGCAAUCAGUCAUAAGUGAAAAUGUCUGACAGUUUGGAUAAUGAAGAGAAACCUCCAGCUCCCCCGCUGAGAAUGAACAGUAACAACCGAGAUUCUUCGGCACUCAACCACAGCUCCAAACCACUUCCCAUGGCCCCUGAAGAGAAGAAUAAGAAAGCCAGGCUUCGCUCUAUCUUCCCAGGAGGAGGGGAUAAAACCAAUAAGAAGAAGGAGAAAGAACGCCCAGAGAUCUCUCUUCCUUCAGACUUUGAACAUACGAUUCAUGUGGGGUUUGACGCAGUCACCGGGGAGUUCACUAACUCCCCCUUCCAGACCUCUAGACCUGUGACGGUCGCUUCAAGUCAAUCAGAGGGAAAAAUGCCAGAUCUCUAUGGCUCACAGAUGUGCCCAGGGAAGCUCCCAGAGGGGAUCCCUGAGCAGUGGGCACGGUUACUCCAAACCUCCAACAUAACAAAACUGGAACAGAAGAAGAACCCACAAGCUGUUCUCGAUGUUCUCAAAUUCUAUGAUUCCAAAGAAACAGUCAACAACCAGAAAUACAUGAGCUUUACAUCAGGAGAUAAAAGCGCACAUGGAUACAUAGCUGCCCAUCCCUCGAGUACAAAAACAGCAUCAGAGCCGCCUUUGGCUCCUCCUGUGUCUGAAGAAGAAGAUGAAGAAGAGGAAGAAGAAGAAGAUGACAAUGAGCCCCCACCAGUCAUUGCACCAAGACCUGAGCAUACAAAAUCAAUCUACACCCGCUCUGUGCUGGAAUCCAUAGCUUCACCAGCAGCACCAAAUAAAGAGGCCACACCACCUUCUGCUGAGAACGCCAAUUCCAGUACUUUGUAUAGAAACACAGAUCGGCAACGGAAAAAAUCCAAGAUGACAGACGAGGAGAUCCUAGAAAAGCUAAGAAGCAUUGUGAGUGUCGGUGACCCAAAGAAAAAAUACACAAGAUUUGAAAAAAUAGGUCAAGGGGCAUCAGGUACUGUUUACACAGCGCUAGACAUUGCCACAGGACAAGAGGUGGCCAUAAAGCAGAUGAACCUUCAACAGCAGCCCAAAAAGGAAUUAAUUAUUAAUGAAAUUCUGGUCAUGAGGGAAAAUAAGAACCCCAAUAUUGUUAAUUAUUUAGAUAGCUACUUAGUGGGUGACGAACUAUGGGUAGUCAUGGAAUACUUGGCUGGUGGCUCUCUGACUGAUGUGGUCACAGAGACCUGCAUGGAUGAAGGCCAGAUAGCAGCUGUCUGCAGAGAGUGCCUCCAAGCUUUGGAUUUUUUGCACUCAAACCAAGUGAUCCAUAGAGACAUAAAGAGUGACAAUAUUCUUCUUGGGAUGGAUGGCUCUGUUAAAUUGACUGAUUUUGGGUUCUGUGCCCAGAUCACCCCCGAGCAAAGUAAACGGAGCACUAUGGUGGGAACUCCCUAUUGGAUGGCACCUGAGGUUGUAACUCGAAAGGCUUAUGGUCCGAAAGUCGAUAUCUGGUCUCUGGGGAUUAUGGCAAUUGAAAUGGUGGAAGGUGAACCCCCUUACCUUAAUGAAAAUCCACUCAGGGCAUUAUAUCUGAUAGCCACUAAUGGAACCCCAGAGCUCCAGAAUCCUGAGAGACUGUCAGCUGUGUUCCGUGACUUUUUAAAUCGCUGUCUUGAGAUGGAUGUGGACAGGCGAGGAUCUGCCAAGGAGCUUUUGCAGCAUCCGUUUUUAAAAUUAGCCAAGCCUCUCUCCAGCCUGACUCCUCUGAUUAUUGCUGCAAAGGAAGCGAUUAAGAACAGCAGCCGCUAGGACUGCGAGCCUUACCCCACACCAUCUCCCUCCUGAGUAAGACUGAACUGAUAUUCUGCUGCAGGAAACAUGGAAGAAAAUACAGUCAAAGGGGGUGGGGGAUCUUUAACUUUCAAAUGAAUAGAAACUUCUUAUAAGCCUUUUUCCUACUCCCUCAGAUUAUGUAAUUUAUUUGUAAGCCCGAAUCGCAGCCCGACCAGGGCAGCAAUGUCGACGUGGCCAGAAAGUGGUCACUUCUACCGUGAAGCGAAAGAGCCAGUAGUGAAUCCCCUCAUUUUGUGCAUUCACUUUGAAGAAAAAGAGGUUUCUCAAAGAUGCACACUCCCUCUUCAUAGUGUCGUGUUCGUUUUUAAGUUAGAGAAUAGUCCCUCUUGCAUUCGAACCUCCUUCAAAACUCCUUGCCCAAUGUGAUGUUUUUCACUUGCAUUGUCAUUAGAUGUCCAGGGGAAAAAAAAAAAAAGAUGUCGAAACUUUUUUUUAAAGAAAAAAAAAAGAAAGUAAAACACAAAACACAAAAACAAAAAACCACACACAAAAAACACAAAAACAAAAUGAAACAAACAAAAAUUACCCCAGAGCAAGUACUGUGUGAACAUGUGGAAGUCCAUGCCCUAAUAGAGUUGCAAUUUUUUAUUCUUCUUCUAUAGUGGUGGCUUGGUUUGUGUGCCUUUUUUUUUUCUGCAUUUGUAUUGGAAAAGGUUUCUUUUAAGGCAUUUUUCCAAAAGCAGAGAGGAAUAUGUGUGUUCAGGAAGGGCUUUUCAAAACCGUCUAUCUAAAUAAAGCUCAAAUGGUGAAAUCCUGUCACAUUUUCACAACGACGCUUCAGAGGUAGUUGAUGUAUCAUUUCUAGAAACUGGCUCAUUCAUCUUCAUGGCGCCUGACAAAGGACACAUUGAAAGUGGUGGUACUCCUGUUGGGUGGGUCCAGGUCCUCAACCUAGGAAAUCCCAACGGGAGAAACCAUUCUUAGACAAAGAUGGGACUUUCUCUGAGAGCCAAAAGGGAAGCAAGAUGAGUGUGUGACACAGAUCUUUGGUGGACAAAGGAAACAAAGAUCAGGAGACCUAACUUAAUCCUCUCUUUUGCUUGUAAAAUAAGCACCUUUGGAGGAAACAGACCCCUUAGCCAACAUUUGCUUACGAUCAGAAUCAUGUGACAAGUUAUAACAUUUUUUAAAUUUCUUAAAAGAACUGGGGAACAGAGAUAUUUCUAAGCAUCCAAACCUGUCAGAAACAAGGGGUCCAUGACAACUACAUCCCAAUCAACAUUUGGCUCUAAGUACUUGUUCCCAUUUUCCCUGUCUCAUCAGUUUCUGUUUCAGGAUAUAGUAUGGCCAGACUUUGUCCUUUCAGCUUUUGAAUUCCAAAACUGCAUUCAGAAAGAUCUGGAAAUUUUCCAGUGAAAAAUAAUUAGGAAAAAAAUUUAAAAAAAUAAUUAGGGCUUGUGAUCAUAUCCCAAGAAGUAUCAGCCCAAUCAUGUAGCUACUUCUUAACAAUUCAACAGUUGGCACUUCCUGAAUCUUCUAGAGUAGAAAAAUAUCUGGAGGGUGUCUGUGUAGAAAAAAUGGGUAUGCUUCUCUUUCAAAUGUAUUGUCAGUUUCAUAAACUCUGUAAAGUGGUUUCUCCAUGCCUUUGAGAAACAGUCUGUUCAAUAGAAGGCUUCUUGAUAGGUUCUAUUCAGAUUCUCAAUAUGUUACAUAUCUACAUUCAGCAAGAAGGAGAAGGAGAUUGGUGGCCCGAGCCUCUCUUCUCUGCCAAGGUACAUCUGUCCAUUUAACCAUCCAUCUGUUCCUUAAAAAGCAAGCACUUUCUUUAGAGAGUUUCUGCUAACCAUAUAGUGCAUGUGUUUAUGUUUAGGAAAUGGCACCACUGGUGGAUUUCCUAUUUUCCUAUUGUUUUCUUUUACGAUAAAAUUUGGGAGGGCUUGACCCCCUAGAAAAUACCCACAGUGAGAUAAAACAACACAUGCAAAAAGAAGAUCAAAUGGUUACAUUCAUUUGAAACAUGUUGUGUUAUACUUGGCAAAAAGGUGGUUGGGCCUGAAAUUUUGAAAGCCACACUGUUCUAAUGAGAGAGAGAGAGAGAGAGAAAGAGAGAGAGGCCUUAAUAUUUAUUUCACUUAAAGUUAAAUGUUCUUUUUUUAAUGUUUCAUUCAUAGUGCCAGGGAAUUCAAUGAAAUAAUACCUGGGGUGUGAGUAGAAUUCAGUACACUAACUAUGCCCCUGCCAGUGGAGAGAAUCACAAAGCUGGUUGGGAAGCCCUAGUUGUUGAUUAGCGUCUCUUAUAUGUCUUAAAGGCCUUUUGGGUGGGGAGAGACCUGGAGCAGUGAUCCUGAGAUCACUGUAGGCAGAAAAAUGGUUGCUCUUUUAUGCUUUCGGUUCUGCAUAUUACCAAUGAGGAGCCAGGUACUUCUUCGCCGCGCCCCCAUUGUACCACGAUUUUAUGGUAAUAUAGUGCAGUAGGCUUUACUCUUACAAAUUUAUAUCUAUGUAAAUUUUUAAAUGAGAAUAGCUUCUAAAACCCCUCCCCCACGUUGGAGAGUUAUGUAUAUUUCUAAUAAGUAUUAGCAAGAAGCUGUUUCUCCUGCCAAAAUGAUGCUGAAGGAUUCACAUUGGGUACACUUGAACAACUUGGACUCCAGGUGGUCGUUUAUUCCCUUUCUCUGGAUUUUUUUUUUAAGCUCAUCUUGACACAGAUGAAUCUAUCCAGAUCCUUAAAAUUGCUAGUGUGCCCAGAAAUAAUGAAGGCACGUUGUGGAGUGUUGAUGGCAAAAUGUCCUGAGAUAGGGAUAGGGCAGAGGGAAAGUCAGGGAAGGGUAAGAAGCACAGUAGAGAUUAUUUAUUUAAGAGAGAAGAGAACAUUAAUGUUGUAGCAAGGAUCCGGUGCGUUGUCAUAAUCCCAUGAGGAUUUUUGGAUGACACAAUCCCCCCAAAUCAGUCACCGUGUUGGGUAAUGACUUCGCUCUUGCUGAUCUCGUCUAUGUGUCAUUGUAAAUAUUUGUGUGUCCAUGUUCCGUUUUGGCUACUGGAUGGCCAAGUCAUGUAAGAAGAUUUAACUCAAGUAUUUAUUCUUUAAUUGUGUUACUCAGAUUUCUUCAGGCUUGUGAAUUGCACCCCAAUGUUGAGUUUAACCACCUAAUCCCCCACAUCCAUCCCUCUCCUGUGAAGCACAUUCCAUUGCUAAAAGAAAAAGAAAUAUGAAAUUGCUUCCUGUCGUCUGUAUAACUGUUUUGAUAGUUUGAGAUGUUUGUCUAUAAAGGAUAUUUCUCCACUCAAAGAUCGUGUAAAUAACUAUAUUCCUUUGCACAGUGGCGUGUUUAUUUCUAGUGAGGCUGCCAGUUCUCAGAGAGAAUCUAUCAAAUCACUUUUAAAUAACACAAAGAGGGAUUACAACUAUGGAAAAAUAAGUGUGCAUAACGGACAAAGACUGGGAACACUGUUGAAAUCAGUUGUGUUACAGUGGUGGGAUUAUGCAAAAAAAAUUCCUUUAAAAAGUUUCUUUGAUACUGUUAUAAUAUUGCUUUAUAAUAAAUAAACAUUGGAAAGGGGACUGUAGAAACAUAGAAAAGACACCAGAAGCAGAUGUCUUCUGACCAGAGCCCAGAGCAUGCAGGGCACAGAUAUUUGCUAGUUACAAUUAUUCCAUAGGCUUUAUAUUUGCCUGGGUGCUGAGGUUGGCACACGCUCGGGUAUGGCACAUGCUUUCUUAGCAGACUAUUAUCUCUAAGUGGAAGCUAGGGAGAUGUCGCCAUUAGAUCUCCAGACACAUCCUUCUGCUUUAAAAUUGGCUGCCCUCUGCUUUGACAUGGUGCAGAGGUUUAUGUUUUGGUUACUUUAGAUUGGAUGGGGUGAUGUUCAGGUAUCACCUUUCUGGCUCAUUUUAGCAAAUUUUCAGGUUGGAUUUUAGAAGAACAGAAGGAGGACUCCCCCCAACUUCCACCGUGUCCUUGUUCCACCAGAUGUUAUAUCAUUCAGGUACAAUGCUCCUUUUAGUGAUGAGUAGACAAGUCCCUUUGAUUUCAGUAGAAGUUAGGACUUGCAAUUAAAAGCCAACUAUGAAAACAUAAAGACAAAUAUUUAGAACUGCCUUUGCCUAUUGGUCUUCAGCUCCUAUUCGCUUUGGCUGGAGAUGGCCUCCAUGUGCAUUCUGUGCUGCUUGAUGAUAGGUUGAUUGCAGUAACUACUGUCAUUUUUAAAGGGCAAAGGGAGAGUACCAAGAGAGAAAAAUUUUCCUCUAACCACCAAAGAAAUUUUAGAUGAUGAGUUUUAUAAUGCAGUGGGCUCAGAUGUGACUCAGUUUCCCCAAGAGCAGACCUUAUACUGAGAGAACCCACUUUUCAUUGCCAUUCUCAAUGUGAAAAUAAUACUUAAUUAGAGUUCUUUAUCCCUGCCAUCCCCGGUCAAAUCUCAUGGUCCUUCUCUGUGCUACUCGCAGUUAAUAUUCAGUUAAACACAGGCAUGGCCAGUGAUGCAAGCUUCUCCCAUCCUCUAAGCAAGAGGACCACAACUCAGCAUUCGUAAAUUGAUGGUCUAAUAGGCCUGGGAUUUCGAGUGAACUUAACACACAAUUCUGAACAUAUUUGCAUGUGGCUUGGGAAGGAAAUAAAUGGUACCUUGGAAACAGUGGAAAUAUUUUACCCUAAGAAAGAAUUUUUCAUAAGAGAUUUGCUUCUGAUAUCAUCUUUCUGUUGGUUAGCUUUAAUUUUGUCACUCCUUUCCUGAUCCCACACUCCUGUAGUGGCCAAAUGAAUAUCACCCAACUCCUCAUGCAUUGAGAAUGUCUGUUUAUUAUUAAACAAUCUCUAACUGAAUCUGCAAAUGCGGGAACGGAGCUGUCACCUCCACAUGCACACGUCUAUGUGCAAGUAUACUACCGUACAUAUAGCAUUUACUGCCACGUAAUACAGUCAUACUUGCAGGAUAAACUGAUAGAAACAGGUUGAGGCUGUCAGAGUCUCCUUUGGAAGCUGCUGUCAGGUGAAUGCUGCCCCAUAAUACCUACCAGCAGUUGAGGGAAGUAUUGUGUUCACCUGAUUUAGUACCUAAGAGGAAGUCAGCAGGAGUUAUAAAGAAGCAAGCAGACGUGGUGGAAGGAGGACCAGCCUAGGAGUAAGGAGACCUGGAUUCUAACAUAGGCUCUGUUUCUCACUUCGUUUGAGGCCUUGGGCAAGCCACUUAACCUUCUCAUGGCUGUUCCUUCAUCUGUAAAAUAAGGCUAUUGGACCAGAUGACCUCCAAGGUCUUUCCAAAAGUUCUAUCAUUCUGUGGUACUAUAGGUUGCCUUGCAAAUUCAACCUGCUAAAGUGAUUGAUGGCAAAUAUUGCAUGCUUAAGCCUGGGUUUCUUAUGUUGCCGUUAAACUGUAGAAAUAUGUAAGAUGAUGGGGGAAGAAAAAAACCUUAAGUAAAUGAAAAUAACACUAGGGAAUGUUGAUAAAACUUAUGGCAGCCUUCCCAAUCCUCGCAUUUUGUUUCGUUGUUGUUUUAAUGUCCUUUUUCUGUGAUGUGUUCCCAGUUUUUAUUUUCCAUAUGCUCUGUAUGUGAAGUCUGGUUUUCAUUAAGCUGUGGCCAAUAUGUGCUACUAGAACAGAAAUACACUGUCACACUUGCUAGAACAGAACGAUGUUUGGGCCUUUCCUUUCCUACAAAGUGAUGUUGGGUUUAUAGACUUUACUUUGUAAAUGGCACAAGAUGGCAGAACCCAUGCAUUUCAAUGGCUAGGACUAGUAAGAGCAGACAUAAGCCCUUGUAGGUUGCAGACAAAGAAGUGAAAAAGUAAGUAUGUGCUAUUAGCAUCAAGGAAUGUUGACACAUCCACUUGUUGGGAACCAAAGAUAGCAUUUCUGAUGACAACUCCCACAGUGAGCGGCCAGUUUAUGAGUAGACUGCCAGAAAGAGGGUAAACUGGAAGUCACCUAGUCCCGAUGCCCUGCCUCUUAACAGAGUGCCAACUAGCCCUGAGUGUGAAAUUCAAGUUGAGUAUGUGUGCUUGUGUGUGGUGUGCUUUAUGGACCCGCAUAUACUAUAUUCAUUAGUGAUAAGACCUUUCACAGAAUCCUAUAACCAUUAGUGGGUUGAGUUUUAAGUCUCAGUACAUCAGCCAGGAGGAGUCAGAUCACACGGUGCUGACAUCUACUGGGAUUGUACUCAUGAUAUCCAGACAAAACAAGUUGAGGAGGAUCUAUAUUUUCCUUUUUUAUCAGAAUUGUAUCUCAUUUGGUUGUGCAUCACUUUUGUUAAAAUGUGUUACCUGUAAAACCCAUGUGUAGUGAAAUUCUUCUGUAACUUUGGAUUAAAGGUAUUUAUGGUCUUUUUGUUUGUUUGAGUUUUUUCAGUAAGUUAUUUCUUUCGUAGACCUGCUGAUGGUAUGGUUCCAUCCUUCUGACCUCAGCUUCUGAUUUUUUUUAAACUUUUGUUUCCAAUAUUGUUAUUUUAAAUUGUGGUUGAAGCAAUAGAAAAUUGAAUUAUGGAUUGUGCAUGACUGUGUCUUGAGUGUAAAAAUAUUGCAGUUUGAAACUUGGACCUAAAGUAUUGCAAAUAAAAAUGACAAACAUCAA